UGCUCUCUCCCUCUCUCUCUCUCUUCCUUCUUCAUCUCUCUCUCUCUUUCAUGGACCCUCGGCGAAACCCUCGCUCUGUCAGCGACCCCAAGGUCCGCCAGGUCGGGUUCUUCGCCCCUCCCCCCGACCGCUCCCAGUCGGGCCCUCCCGACCCGAUCUCCUCCGCCGCGUCCUCCCCGCCCCUCUCCUCCGUCUCCCCCUCCGGCAACUCCCUCUCCCCGGUCAUGAUCCCCCCUCCCCGCCACCACUCCGACAACCUCACCCUCCUCUCCUGCCCCGUCCCUGUCCCCGUCCCCUUCCCCGCCGCCGUCCCCUCCAGCUACACCGCCGCGCCCGACUUCUCGCCCACCACCGCCGCCUCCUCCUCUUACUCUGGGAAGCUCGCGGCUGCUGCGGCCGGGGGCGACGGCGAGCUCGGCGACGACGUGGCCAUGUCGCCGGGCCGGGUCGGGAAGGGGAGGGUGAUGGCGAGCAGUGUGCCGGCGAGCGGGCUGACCACCGUGUCCGUCGUCACCAUGCCUCCUGGUAUUACUGAGAAAGUUGGGGGAGCCUCGGUGGAAGUGCAGAAUGAGCGGCCUGCUAAUUCAAAGCCCCAAAAGGAGAAAAUGACAAAGGCUGAAAGGCGUGCUCUCCAGGAGGCUCAGCGAGCUGCAAAAGCUGCUGCUAAAGGGGAAGGAAAUAAGGCUACUACAGCUGCUCCUGGAGCCGCAUCAUCCGAAGUCACAAAGCCUAAUAAAGUUGUUAAGCCUUCUCAAAAGAAGAGUGAUGGUGCUUCAGUUGCACCUUCUGAGAAGAAGGGUCCUGGGGGUGAACGUCCUCCAGAAAAGGAAAGAAAGAAAGAUGUCCCGCAUCCACGCAUGCAGUAUGAUGAUGAAAGCCGAGUGGAGAAGGCUAAAAGGAAGGCAGUUGUAAAACAAACAGAGGCUCGAAACCGAGUUGAAUUGUUCAGGCAUUUGCCCCAAUAUGAACGUGGAAGUCAGCUUCCAGAUCUUGAGUCAAAGUUUUUCCAACUUGAUCUGAUGCAUCCAGCUGUAUACAAGGUUGGUUUGCAGUAUUUAUAUGGAGAUGUAUGUGGGGGUAAUGCUCGUUGCAUUGCCAUGCUUAAAGCAUUUCAAGAGGUGAUUAAAGAAUACUCAACCCCGCUGGAGAAGACUUUAAGCAGAGACUUAACUGCAAAAAUCAGUAGCUAUGUUUCAUUUUUCACUGAAUGUCGGCCACUUUCAGUUAGCAUGGGUAAUGCCAUUAGGUUUUUGAAAAGCCGAAUUGCAAAGCUACCUCUGACUAUGUCAGAGUCAGAGGCAAAAGCAAAUCUGCAGUCAGAUAUCGAUCAUUUUAUAAAUGAGAAGAUUAUACUUGCAGACAAGGUCAUUGUUAGCCAUGCUGUUACAAAGAUCCGGGAUAGUGAUGUGCUUCUUACGUACGGAUCACCCUCUGCAGUUGAAAUGAUACUAUUACAUGCACAUGAGCUGGGCAAACAGUUCCGUGUUGUGGUGGUGGACUCUCGUCCAAAGCUGGAAGGACAACUUUUACUUCGUAGGUUGGUAGGAAAGGGUAUUAAUUGUACAUACAUAAACAUAAAUGCUGUUUCUUACAUCAUGCAUGAAGUUACUCGAGUAUUUUUGGGCGCAUCAGCAGUAUUAUCUAAUGGAACUGUAUAUUCACGCGUUGGGACUGCAUGUGUUGCUAUGGUUGCGCAUGCUUUCCGGGUACCGGUCUUGGUAUGCUGUGAGGCAUACAAGUUUGACGAGAGGGUACAGCUUGAUUCGAUAUGCUCUAACGAGCUCGGUGAUCCAGAUGUCAUUUCAAAAGUUCCAGAUAGAGAUGAAAGCAACAGUUUGGAUGGUUUGCCCAAUAGUGACAAUCUUCAGCUUCUUAAUCUGAUAUAUGAUGCAACUCCUUCAGAUUAUGUCUCUAUGAUAAUAACUGAUUAUGGCAUGGUCCCCCCAACAAGUGUGCCGGUCAUUGUAAGAGAAUAUCGAAGGGAGCAUCUAUGGAUAUAACUAGCCAUCGAAUGGAUCCUAGAGACAGCUCAAAAUUUUGUCCACACUGCAUUUGAGUUUUGACACAGCCAAUGCAGUCGGAAGAAUAAAACGCAUUUUUGUGUUACUGAUUUGCGUGCUCAUUUUUACGGUGCCCAAUGAUUUUGUGCCUCAUUUUGGUGUGGAGAAGAGGAUGUGUUUUUAUUGUUUUACCUGACUCCGUGAAGAGCGCGAUUCUCCGCCUCUCCGGACAGAUUUAUUGAUGCAAACACUUGCUUGUUGUAACGUAUCCAUGCCCCCUGGGCGUCACAUUCGUGCUGUUUAGCUAGAUCGGAUUUUGAACUUUUUCCCUUCCCUGUUGGUGAAGGUGAAUGUGUUCUUCUGUCGAAGUGGAUGAGAACAAUCACAAGUGAGCACUUGGACAUA